AUGUCACUGUAUAAAUUAUUCUCGAAUAAGAAUAAUAAUAUUUUAAAACCAGCAAAUAGAUUAAAUUCAUCAUCACCUUUCAACUCGAGUAAAAAAUAUGAUGACCAAGAUUUAGAUGAUUUAGCAAGAGAACUAGAACUAUCUCCAAGUAAAAAAAGUAAUUCAACUGCCACGUUAAAAUCAAUGUUUAAUUCACCAUCAGCAACUAUAUCUUCUUUCAAAUCAACAGCAAAAACAUCAUUGGAUAGACGAUUUCAAGAUGAAGAAGAAGAUGAAACUCCAAGUUGGGCAAAGAAAAACUAUAAAGACCUAUUGAGUAAAUCACCAGUCAAAAGCUCGGCAUCAAAGGAAAUAAUAGAUACCCCACCAACAUCAAAAAGACCAUAUAAUUUUAAUUCACCAAAUAAAAAUGCAUCAAAAACUUCAUCAGGUUAUGAAUAUUUAUGUCGUAUUCAAGCAAUCAAAGAAUGGUUAGAAGUUAUAAUAAAUGAAGAUAUUGAUCAAUCACCAGCAGAAUUAAUCACAUAUAUAAAAAAUGGAAUUUAUUUAGCAAAAUUAUCAAAUUGUAUAUUACCUACAAAAAAAAUUGUUUUUAUGAAUGAUUCAAAACUACAAUUUAAACAUACCGAAAAUAUAAAUAGAUUUUUCCAACUUUCAGAAUUUUUAAAUAUUCCAGAUUUAUUCAGAUUCGAAUUAACUGAUUUAUAUGAUUCAAAAAAUGUUCCAAAAGUUUGGUUUUGUUUACAUGCAUUAAGCUAUAUUUUACAUAAAAAUGAUUCAAGAUAUCCUUUGAUAAAAGACCUCACAAAAUUGCAUUUGGAGUUUCUGGAUGAUGAUAUAAUUUUCGCAAAUAGAUCAUUAAUUAAUGCUCCAUUACCUAAUUUUUCUAGCGCUGAUACAACAGAUUCAGAUGAAGAACCAAAAUAUAUGAAUAAGAUUUUAUCACCAAUUAAGUCAUCACCAAUUAAAUCAUCACCAAUCAAAUCAUCAUCAAUAAAAGCAUCACCGGCUAAAUCAAAAACAGUGGAAAAAGUUAAUCCUUUUUUAGAUGACAAGGGAAAUUCACUGACUAAAUGCUCAACUAAGGAUUUGAAGUUUGAAAUUAAGUCAACUUCAGAAGUUACAUACACUACAAUUUUGGAUGAUAAAGAUGUUGAUGUUAUUAAGUUACAAUCAUUAGCAAGGGGUGCAAAUCUUAGAUAUUCGAUGUUUGUUGCAAAAAUCAUACUCAAAUCAUAUGAAGAAGAACUAACUACAUUUUGUUCAAUUAUAAGAGGUAGUUUUACUAGGAGAAAGACAACUCAUAAACAUAGAGAUGAAUUGAGAGGAUAUACUUUUGAAAUUAUUGAACUUCAAUCGAUAAUCAGAAGAAAAUUAGUAUCUACCAAAAAGCCUCAAGUUCAGGAUAAUCGAAUUAUUAAACUUCAAAGCAUUUGCAGAGGUAAAGUACAAAGAGAAACCUUUUUUAAUAACAAGCAGGCGCUUGAAUUUUGUAAGUCCAGAGUUGUUGAUUUACAAUCCAUCAUCAGAAUGAAAUUCGUCAACAAUAUUGUGAAAAUUUUAGUAUCAAACAAAGAUGAAAUAAUGGAUCCAGUUGUACAAGUGCAAUCAAUUUGUCGAAGUAAAUUAAGUAAAAAAUAUUCCAAAACUCAAUUUGUUGAACCUGAAAGACUUAUAGAACUACAAUCAUUGAUAAGAAGAGAUUUAGUUAUUCAUAACAUAAAUUAUAAGCAUCAAAUUGUUAGAUCGAAUAAAAGAUCAAUUACAGAAUUUCAAAGUAUUGCAAGAGGAGGUAUUUCAAGAUCUCGUUUGUGCAAUAACGUCUUGGUUACUUUACUCCACGAAGAUGAUAUUUUAAAUGAAUUAUAUUCCAUUUUUAGAGGUAACAAAGUUAGAAAACAAGUGAAUGAAACGAAAUCUCAACUAAUUUACUACGAAAAUAAAUCAAUCAUACCUGUUCAAUCAUUAUUUAGAGGUGUUUUGACUAGAUUUAAUAAAGAAAUUUUGAAAGAUGAUGCAUAUAAUCACGUCGAUGAAUUUAUUACAUUACAAUCUAAAAUCAGGGGUAAUAUAAUAAGAACUGAGCUCAACUUUAUUGACAACUAUUACCAUCAAAAUGUUGAAGAUGUUAUUAAGGCUCAAGCCAUCAUAAGAAGAAGUUUAGCGCAAAAUGAUUAUAAUUCUUUAUUAAUGAGUAAUAAUGCGUCACUCAAGGUGCUUAGGAAAUUUGCGCAUUUAUUAUCUCAAAAUGAUGCAGAUUUCCAAGAGGAAUUUCAACUUUCAAAAGAUAAGGACUCUAUUAUUGAAAUAUCUAAACAAAAUGAAAAUUUGGAAAGUUCAAUUGAAAACAUCGAUUUAAAAUUAAGUUUAUUGGAAAAGAACAAAAUAACAAUUGAGGAAUUUUCAAAUCUGAGAAGCUCAUUUAGACGUCUGAUUCAAGCUACUGAUUCCAAACAGUUAGAAAGAUUGAAUAAAUCAUCAAGAGAAAGAGUGGAAUUGUAUCAAUCGUUAUUUUAUAUUUUACAAACAAAACCAAUUUAUAUUGCCAACUUAUUUAGAUCAAUAGAUUAUUCACAGAAGGACUCCAAAUCACACCAAUCACUAAAUGAAAAUAUCUUUAGUUUAUUCCCAAUAGCAAAUUCAUCAAUAAGUCAUCACAGCAGAGAAGAAUAUUUUCUCAUGAAAUUAAUAUUAGCAAUUAUGGAAAAUGAUUUUAGAGAGUUGAACAAUAUUAGUGAUAUUACUAAAUCUCAGCAUACAUUUUGGACAGAAUUUUUAACCAAAUUCAAUAAUCAUUCAUACCAAAGACAACACUUGAAAUCAUUAUUUGGGAAAUAUGUAAACAAUUUAAUUGAUGAUGAAGAAUUAAAUUUUGAAAGUGAUCCAACUAUAAUUCAUUCAAAUAUUAUAACAAGAGAAAUUAGAGUGCAUGGGUAUAGUGAAAACAACAAAAGCUUGUCACCACAAGAAGCGAUCAAAUUACCUAAUGUAGCGUCAGAGUUUGUUUCAAAUUUAAUGAGUUUAAGAGAACAUUGUUCGGAUAUUAUUAAUUUAAUUGAUUCAAUAGUUUUCAGAAUACCAGUUCAUAUAAAAUUGAUCUGUAACCAAGCUUAUUUAUUAUCAAAAUCUUAUUUCCCAGACAAAAAUGAAUCUCAACACUUAGCAGUAGCAGGUGUCUGUUUUUGGAAACAUUACUUCGGGGCUAUAUUACAGCUACCUCAAAAUUUUGGUUUCACGAAAAAAUUAUCAAUGAAGGAUCAAAGUAAUUUACGUUACUUAAAUAGAGUUAUGUUACAAGUAUUUAGUAUGAAACCAUUUAAUGACAAUUUUUUAAAGCCAUUAAAUGAAUAUAUUGCUUCAACUACUUAUAAAAUAACGGAAGUUACUUCAAAAAUAAUUGAUAUUAGUGGAGAUAUCGAUGCUAUUUAUAAAUUAAAUGAGUUUGAUGAUAUUGUUAGUAAUGAAAAACCAAAGUUAACGAUGAAGAUCAAUUCAAUGAUUUCAUUAGAAAAAAUCGCAUUCACUAACAUCAAUGUCAUGUCAAAUGGAAAUGACGAGUUGACAAAUAUUAUAAAUGAAUUAGAUAAAUUAAUGAGUUCACCAAAUGAUUUAAUUGCAUUAACUGACUUGUCAUCAUUAACAUUAUAUUUAAAUCCAAUUGAUAAGUCAGAAUCUUUACUGAACUCCAAAACCGAUUUAUUGUUCACACAAGCUAAACGUUGUUUGUUAUACAUUAUCAGGGUACAAGAUGACGGAGAUGAUUUAUUAGAAUUAUUGAUAUCAGGUAUUACACCCCAGCAUGAACAAAAAUUUCAACAAAUUAAAAAUGAAGAGAAAGACGAUAAAGAUACGAAAUCAAAACCAUAUCACAAUACAUCAGUUGGAAAUUUGAACAAAAUGACAUACCACGAUUUGAAAAAAAUGUGUUUGGAAAAUAUCUUAAAAUUGGAAUUGAUGGGAGAAGUCACCAGAAAGAAUUCAUUUCAAGAAUUAUUGAACCAAAUAGUAUCAGAUAUUAAACAAAAAGAUACUCAGAGAAAUAAGAGAAAAGAACAACUUCAAAUGUCGGUCCAAGUAUUGAAAAAAAUAUCAGAUAAACAAAAAUUCUUAGGUAAACAACUAAGAGAAUAUCAAGAUCAUGUUGACUUAAUUUUGAAAAAUUCACAAUUGAAACCUAAAGAUAAAAAAAUUUUCAACAUUAUACCUAUUUUCAGUAAACAAUAUUUUUAUAAUCGUGAAUUGAGAAAAAGAAAUAGAUUACCAGAAUUUGGAUCAUAUAAAGUCAAUGUUAAAAAAUUAAAAGAUUCCAAUAUUCUACUUAAAAAUAACUAUGGAGAUUCAUCAAAACUAGAAUUUAUAUUUAGUUGUUAUCAAAUUGGAAAAUUUACAAUUGAAGUUACUAAAAAUCAAAUUGUAUUAAGUGGUGGUUCUCAAAUUUUAACAAUAGAUGAUUUUUUAAAUUUACAGUAUGAAAAUAAACACAAAUUAGAGAUGUUUAAUGGUAAUGUGGUUUUCAAUUCAAACGAUUUGAUAGAAUUUGUUUUUGAAAGAUUUUACGAAUUGAAAAAAUAA